UUAUGUUAUUAUAUAUACAAAGCCAAAUCUUUGUCGAAACACAACAAUUGAGAAAAACCCAACAGUGUUGAAUCUCAAGAAAAACUAGCCCACAUUUUUUAGCGCAUAAAUUCUGUUUUGUAAUAAUUAUUAUUAUUAUUAUUUAAAUAUAUAUGGAGAAGGGAAACAAGAGGUUUGCUCUAUUGGUAGGAUGCAACUACCCCAACUCUCAAUACGAGCUCCAUGGUUGCAUCAACGAUGUGGUUGCCAUGCGAGACACUCUGGUCACACAGUUUGGGUUCGAUCCAAACCAUGUUAAGCUUUUGACUGAUGAACCAGACUCAUCAGUAAAGCCCACUGGUGAAAACAUCAAGAAGGCUCUUGGUGAAUUGGUUGAUAAGGCUGUAGCUGGGGAUGUUUUGUAUUUUCAUUACAGUGGACACGGAACAAGAAUUCCUUCUGUCAAACCUGUCCAUCCCUUUGGUAGCAGGGAUGAAGCUAUUGUUCCUUGUGAUUUUAACCUCAUUACUGAUGUAGAUUUCAGACAUUUGGUGAACCGAUUGGCAAAGGGAGCAACCUUAACAAUCCUCUCAGACUCAUGCCACAGCGGAGGCCUCAUCGACCAAGAGAAAGAACAAGUCGGACCAACUUCAGUCUCUGACGACAAUGAUGAUGAUAAUACCAAAGCCCCCAAUAAACCAUCUUCCUCUAAACCUAAGACAAUUUCAUUUGACUCCAUUCUCAAACACGUGAGCUCACUCACAAACAUCAGCACAUCCGACGUCGCCACUCACAUGCUGGAGCUCUUCGGAGCCAAUUCCAGCCUCAAGUUUCGGUUGCCGCGGGUCGACCAGCGUGACUUUCCAAACCUUUUGAGGCCACUGGACGAGGGGAUCCUGCUCAGCGGGUGCCAGGCCGACGAGACUUCGGCCGACAUGAACCCGGCUGCUGCCGGAGGCAAAGCGUUCGGCGCGUUUAGCAAUGCGGUUCAGACGGUUUUGAAGGAGAAUCGGGGAAGAGUAUUGAGCAAUAAAGAGCUUGUGAUGAUGACGAGGAAGGUGUUGAAGGCUAAUGGCAUUAAUCAUCAGCACCCUUGUUUGUAUUGCAGUGAUGAGAAUGCUGACGUGACUUUCUUGAUGUGGCAACCACAGAGUUCCAGCUAGCUCUUCAAAUUGGAUUGAUUGUUGAGUAAUCAUUCUGUUCUUACUUGUAUGUGUUCAUUUCAACAAUUUAUAAGCUUUUUCCGUUUAAAUAUAUAAAUUAAAGCGAAAAAGAUGUCAGGGACAAACAUGAAUUUGGAUAUAUUAUCUUCAAUAAAUGUCGUCUUUUUUUUAAAAUAAAUAAACAUCGUCUUUUGUUUA